AUGGACCUUCCUUCUAACCUGUUGCCUGACGAGGCUAGUCCCGAGUGGUUGAACAAAGGCGACAAUGCAUGGCAGCUCACUGCAGCUACCCUGGUGGGCCUGCAAAGCAUACCAGGCCUUGUAAUCCUAUAUGGAAGCAUGGUAAAGAAGAAAUGGGCUAUAAACUCAGCAUUCAUGGCCUUUUAUGCCUUUGCAGCAGUUCUUGUAUGCUGGGCAGGGUGGGGUUACCGCAUGUCAUUUGGUGAAAAACUAGCCUUCUUCAUAGGAACUCCUGCUGUUGCAUUGGACGAGAAGUUCUUGCUAGGGAAACCAUUUCUAGGCUCCUUUCCCACAGCUACAAUGGUGUUUUUCCAGGGCGUGUUUGCUUGUAUAACGCUGAUAUUGAUCGGUGGUUCUCUUCUUGGGAGGAUGAAUUUUCGUGCCUGGGUAUUGUUCGUGCCACUGUGGCUAACAUUCUCGUAUACAAUUUCAGCGUUUAGUAUAUGGUGCCCAGAUGGGUGGCUGGCCAAACUUGGGAUUAUUGAUUUUUCAGGAGGCUAUGUUAUUCACCUCUCCGCUGGUGUAGCUGGUUUCACUGCUGCAUGGUGGGUGGGACCUCGAAGUGAGAAGGACAGAGAGAAGUUCCCACCCAACAACAUAAUUCUGAUGCUUGCAGGUGCAGGUCUGCUUUGGAUGGGGUGGAGCGGAUUCAAUGGUGGCGGUCCCUUCGUCGCCAGCGUCGAUGCAUCUCUGGCUGUCCUUAACACCCACGUCUGCACAGCCACUAGCAUACUCACCUGGCUCCUUCUGGAUACGCUUUUCUUCGGAAAGCCCUCUAUCAUUGGUGCCAUACAGGGCAUGAUCACUGGUCUGGUUUGCAUCACUCCUGCUGCAGGAGUUGUACAGGGAUGGGCAGCCAUGCUAAUGGGGACACUGUCAGGAAGCAUUCCAUGGUACACAAUGAUGGUUCUCCACAAGAAGGUUAAGCUCCUAAGAGAAGUUGACGAUCCCAUGGCCAUAUUCCACACCCACGCCAUUGCAGGCAGCCUAGGAGGCAUUCUCACCGGUUUUUUCUCCGUCCCAAAAUUAUGUCGCUUUUUCUACAUGGUAACCGUUUGGGAAAAAUACAUUGGCUUAGCAUAUGGUCUCGAAAAUGGCCAAACUACUGCUGGAUUUAGACAAAUGGGAAUUCAACUAGCAGGAAUUGUUUUUGUGAUAUGCUUAAACAUUGUUUCCACUAGCUUAAUUUGUUGGUUUAUCGGAUUAAUGGUUCCUCUAAGGUCGUCUGAUGAUGAGUUGCAAGUAGGCGACGAUGCCAUCCAUGGAGAGGAAGCUUUUGCAUUAUGGGGUGAAGGGGAGAGAUUUGAGAACUACAAGCAUAAUUCGGUUUAUGACGCAGAAGAGUUAUCUUAUGUAAAUUCUAGGCCUUUAGUUGAUGAUGUUUAA